AUGCAGCAGCAGCAGCAGCAAGAGAAGAAGAAGAAGCAGCAACAGCAGCAGCAGCAGCAGCAGCAGCAACAGCAGCAGCAGAGUGCUGCUGAUGGGUUUCAGUAUUCGCCGGAUCAGCAGCAGCAGCAGCUGGAGCUGUGGAUGCAGCAGCAGCAGCAGCAACAGCAGCAGCAGCAGCAGCAGCAGCAGCAGCAGCAGCAGCAGCAACAGCCAAGCAGCAGCCCCUGCUUCAGCCGCCUCAAGCAUCGGCUGGCUGCGUCGCCUGCGGAUCAGCAGCAGCAGCAGCAGCAGCAGCAGCAGCAGCAGCAGCAGGAGCAGCAGGAAUCCACUUCUUUUUAG